AACGAAAAUAUAAAAAAAAUCUUAAACGAAAUUAUUAAAUUAUUAAAAAUAUUCAAUCACAUAUUUCUUUUAAAUGGUAAUUGAAAUGUUUGAGUUAGCGCCAAAUCCGCUUAUCUGGCAACGUUAUUCCAUCGACUAUCGACAUUUCUCGCUAGGCUACCGGACCACCAAAAAAAUAUAAUAAAAACAAAUAGCGAAAAUCAAUGGACGACGUCGAGCUGAUAAAGUUAAUAGAGAAUCAUCCGAUCCUGUACGACAAGGACAGCGCAAGGAGCGUGAAGAAUGCGGCUCAGAAGGACGCUGCCUGGAAGGCUAUAUCCCUGAAGUUGGGUGCCUCCGAAAGAGCCUGCAUUACGCGCUGGAAAAGCAUUCGCGAUCGUUUUGGCAAGGAGUUUCGCCGCUUCCAGGAACGACCCGAUGAGCCAACCUAUUGGGACAUGUUUCCGCGACUUCUCUUUCUCAAGGACCACUACAAACAAGGACUUGCUAAGAACGAGAGCCUGGACGGGAUACGCUUUGAACCAAGGGAGCGAAAGAAGCGUCAAAAAGUGGACGUGGAGCAGGAGAAACGAAGGAAGGACGAGGAGGAGGAGGACUGUCAGGAUGACCUGCUUAAUGAACAGCUUAUUGAGCUGGUCAAGAUGCAUCCAGUGUUAUACGACCGUCACAAAAUCAGGGUGUCCAAGAAUUUGACUGCGAAAAACGAAGCCUGGCGAGAGAUAUCCGAGAAUUUAAAUGUGUCUGAGGAACUGUGCUACAACCGCUGGAAAAAGAUGCGCGAUCGCUUUGCCCGGGAAUAUCGUAAUCAGCAGAUCAACCAAUCCACGCCCAUCACAUGGAGAUACUUCAAUGAGCUUCUCUUUCUAGGCCGCCACUUUCGCAAAGGAGUUCCGCUGAUUUUGGAGAACAUCAAGCGGCGUGGGCGGCCGCCUAAGACGGGCAACCCAUCGGUUAAUCCCACAAAGCAGCAGGAAGGUAUGGUGAUAUCCAAUGGCGAACAAAUAUGGGGCGCUGACUACCCCUACAGCACGGAUAACGACGAGCUGGAGGACGAACUAGAAUUGGCCUACAAUGAGGAGAUUGAAAUCUUAUCCGAGGACGAGCAGGCUACGCCCUAUGACUUUAUCCUUAGCGAAGCCACGCCAUCACAGAAUUUGGAGCCACCACAGCAGCUCCAAGUGACCACCACCACGCCGGCUAUGAGCGAAGAGAUUAUCCAUACCAUCGAGAGGGCAAAUCCUGUUGUAGAGGAGAUGUCUUCACUUGCUGACGACUCUACACCGGCUGCUGCCACUUCUGACAAACUACUGACCACCGUGAUAGCCAACAUGGAGACCGUAUUGCAGCAGUCCCGGGAAUUGCAGGCCCAAAUCCAGCACGAGCAGGAGCAAGAGCGGGAUCAGCGUAACGCCACGCCAUCCAACAGCCUGCUAGCCAAGGCUCAGAUGCUGCUGGACGGCCUGAGUCCAUUGGAAAGGGCGAAUGCCGAGCGGAAGAUCGUGCAGUUCCUUUGUCAGUGCCAAAUCAAAGCGUUGGACGGAGAGGAAAUAGAGGAUGUUGCACCAUGUCAGGUGAUUAAUUAAAAGCAAAGGUGAUUAGAGUUCCUAUCUAGUUAAUUGUAAAUAUUUAUAUAUACAUAGGUUAGCUGCAAGCUCUAUUAAAGUAUUCUAGAUAUGGGUUAUUGUGGUAUUUUGAAAAUUUCAGUCUUAAAUUACUGGAAAUAUAAGUAAGGAUAUAAAUUUGGUGCCUAAGAACGAUUAUAUAAGAUGAGUCCUCAAAAAGAACAACAGAAAUGAGAAUCUCUUAAAUAAAUGAAGGUUAAUAAUCA